CCAACACACACAGGCACUUCACUCGUCCAGUAUGAUCCUGCCCAGGGGUCAGAGCCAGAGCAUGGUGGUGGAUGGGGUCGACGGCCCCGUCAUCUGCCCCGACCCGUCGGGAAUCCCUGGCUUCCCAGGCCCACUACCCGAUCCCGACCCGGCGAGCACCUUGCGAGACGCCGAGUACAAGGCGGGCGUGCGGACGCAGCUGUUGCGGUCCGCCGACGAGCACAAGAUUGAGGUCUGCUGGGUCGGUUCCCGCACCGCCCACGGAAGAAGCCUGCAGUCAGAGUUGCAGGCCAGGCUUCUGUGCCCCAGCCUCGAAGUCAUCGACGCGCACGAAGCCAGACGACCCAUUAUGCGCCUCAUCCCCGGGAGAGGCGCCGACGCCGCCACCCGCGAUACCUGGAACCACUUCCUCAUCAGCAUCUCCUUCACGGACGCCUACUUGACCGCCUCCCUGUUCAACAUGCUGCGGGCAGGGCAUAUUCCGUUCAGCUGCGUGACUCUUUCUCAGGCCCCUUAUAAACCCACGGAUCUCGACCCCAAAGACGGACUCUACAUCAACGCCCCAGCAGGGGGCCAUUAA